AUGGAGCGAAUGGACUUCUUCGCCAGACGCGAUGAGAUAACCAAGGAAAGGCGCCGUCUACUACGAGGAAAGAAUGGAUACGUCCCCGGGGCCCAUAGGGAGGAAGACAGCAUCCGAAAUAAAGACAAGAAGCUCGACAAGACCAAGAAAAUACACCAAGAGAAGCUGGACCUCUGGCUCGACAAUAAGUUCAAACAUUACAAAACUGUUCCCGGAUGUUCCCCUCCGAGCCAUGAUGUGGUUAAGGAAUUCAUUCGCUGGUGUGUGAGUUCUGCUACAGGCAGACUCAGCGAAGGCAAACAGCCAACUGUUAGAACUGUCAAAGCGUGGGCGGAACGAUUCUUUGGGGGAUUCAAAGAGAGCACCAAAACGGAGGUACCCCAGAAGGAUAGAAAAGAAGUAUAUGAUUGGAUAAAAAAUACAUUGACAGCAGAGGGCAUUGUCGUGGACCAGAAAAAGCAGAAGUACAACUUCAAGAGGGAUGACUUUUUGAAAGUUGUCGCCUCAAUUUGGCAAGCUGAUCAUCAAAAGUUUAUUCCCGGGCUGACAAAGGUCCUCAUACUAUUUGCUCUUCAAUUAUACCUUUUCACGGGGGCAAGAGUCGGAACUUUUAUGCCUUCUGAUGAGGAUAAACACUACAAAGGCCUUCGAUACGAAUUAUUUCAUUUUGUUCUAAUUUUUGAACCAGGACAUCAAGUUGGUUCUAUUUCCUUCAUCCACCGCUCCAUGGGAGGUUGGAUGGAGAGUCAACCAGAAAUGGCUCAAGAAUCAUCGUUCGGAAUCGGUAUCCGUGACAGCAACAAACCUCAAUUCGCAUCUGGCCAACUUCUCCUCGCACUCGCACUUGCACAUGGCGCUCUUUUUGGUAUAGAGACUGUUUCAGAUUUGGAAGAAUUUGAUCUAUCGAAUGGAGAGAUCCCAUUAGAAUGGAAGGAAAGUUUUAAGACGAAACCGAUUUUCCGGAAUGUCACAGCCGACGGGCCUCAAGAAAUUCCUCUUACGAACAAAGAGUUUUCCUCCUACCUACACCAGAUCUUUGAUGCAGCUGGCUACAGUGAACAUCCGACAAUACACUGUUUGCGAAGGAACCUGGCCAAGGAGGUCGAAUCAAGGUAUGGCUCUGCGCCCGUCUCACAAAUCCUGGCGCAUCGGGAUCCAAAAACAUUUCCAGAUCACUAUCAAGCCCAUUGCUCCUCUAUAGACACAGUCUCGGCCGUUCUUGAUGAGAAAGGUGAAACGAAACACAUUGAGUACUUCCAGGGCUACACUCAAUUUUGUGUGCCUGGUCUUCCUGUUAAUUUGCCUGCUCACAUCGAGGAAAGCAUUUUGAUGCUACCUGAAAUGGUGGAACUGAGAAGCCGCAUCGGAGAUCUCAGAAAGUGCAAUAAUCAGACGAAUCUUCGGGACGCGAAGCUGCGUUACAGGAACGCAUUGGUUCGGCAACGCCGGUUUGAACUCAAAAGGUAUCAAACUUCUUGGGUACAGGCGAGAAGGGAUCAAAAAAUCCUCAACCGUGGCAAAGAGCAGCCGGUCUCAGUGACAAAUGAUGUUUGUAUACGUGCUCAGAGUUUGAUCAUGCCUGAAAUUGCGCGAAUCGCAACAGCGAUGUCCCGAACCACUGAGUUGUCCUUCGAAGAGAAAAUCAUGUUCGUCAAAGACUUACAGACUCAAUGCUCCCGCGAUUUUGAUGUGGUCUAUCUUCCCAAUGAAAGUCCAAUUCAUAGUGCCUGUCCGGCGAAAGCCUGCCAGGUCAUCAUUACAAGCUUAAAAAAAAGUGAACGAAGCACUCACAUCCAUGCAUGCGUUCGAAGCGAGAAGGCAGCUGGGUUCCAAGUCUCGGAGUCACAAAUGCGCUUUUGUUACGAAUGUAUGGAGUGGUGCUUGUUAAGUGAAUGGCGAGAUCACUGCAAUGCUCAUCUCCAGUCGUGGGAAACUCAACACUGUGAAGUUAUUAUAUAUCGUCACACAGUGAUCCGCCCCGGCUACUGUCCCUUGUGCCUGUGGAAUGCGUAUCUUCCCGCGGAAGAACGAUUGGAUUAUUGGCUAAAAAGUGGCAACCUGAGGCAACACAUCGAAGAACAGCACAUGUGUCGGCUCCAGUGGCCUACAACAAAGCCAGUAUGCGGUUGUGCCCAAGAAUUCGACAAUGAGCGUGACCUUCGACAUCAUUUGCACGACAUCCACGGGCUUAACAAAGCUAUUUGGUCUAGUCCAAAGCUUCCGAGGAAGAGAAAGCGUGCCUUCAAGACGGAGCUGGAAGCACAAAGAUCUUCGACAGAGCUAGAGGAGGAGCGACCCAAAAGGUUGCGCUUUUACCCUCAUCCGCCUCCGCGUCACGAACAGCAGCCAGACCAGAUAUUUGUGCCCAUUUCUGCAUCGCUUUCGUACGUUGAGGAACAUCCCGAACGAUAUUACUGUUCGGAACUCAGUGAUACUCCAAGUGAAAGCAGUAGAAGUAGCGCAGCUGCAUCAUACUUUCCCGCAGCAGAUUCUUCACUCAGCUCCCCGCCAACAACUCCCGGUCUUGAAGUCAUUGACCCUCGGAUCCUCAAGCCAAUUGAACUUCGCAUGGGAGAUGAUUGCGAGCCUUACAACCAAGCAACUGUUCAGCUGGACCCGCCCGAUCUCUCUAUGGACGAGCUGGCGGCAAAGAACGAACCCUACACUUGCCAAAAGCUGUCUAAACGAUCUAGCAAAGAUUUUGCUGGCAAAAAAGCAAAUGAAAGGCCAGGCAAGGCUUUACGACCAGAUUCUCUCAUCUCCCCCAGCAAUCAAAGGCCGAAGCUUAGGCGUGAGGAGUACCAUCAUAUGCAGACAGAAUCCGACGACAAAACCCUUUCUGGUAAUCAAGCCUGUGUCUCGCUCACUCGAGCCAAGCCAAGAUCACAGUCACCGCUCAAUAAUCUGGGUGAUCUGAGUACUCGCAAGCUCCGUCAGAAGCUUAAUACAAGAGAAAAAGGAAAGCUGCUAGAGCUCAAGGCCAAAAAUCUGACCUUGAGGCAGAUUGGGCUCCACUUUGUAGACGUAGAUACGGCCUUUCUGCGACAGGCUUGGAAGGAUUUAGAACUUCCUCAGCGAUGCACCAGAUCAGGGUCUAAUCGGAUGGUCCGUCGGAGAUAUGCUCGCUAA